AUGGCUAUUUGCCGCAGUUUCGGGGGCGGCGGAUCGACGCCCGGCGCAGGCGGCGGCAGCCGCAUCCCGUACAAAGACUGCUGCACGACAGCGCGCACCGCCUCGUCGCCGGCCUCGUCUUCGGCGGCGCGGUCGCUGCCCGCCUCCAGCUCCAGCUCCAGGGGCGGUGGUGACAGGGAGGGCGCCUUCUCCGGGUUCCCGCCGGGCGUGGCAGUGCGCGCCCACGUCCAGUCGCUGGACAUCCUGCCCUUCGGACACCGCCUGCCCCCGCCGGGGCUCGCCCUGGAGACCCUGGGACGGAGGCGCGCCGUUCAGGACCUGCUGGACUUCGGCAGGGGCUGA